GCUCGAUCGCUCUUCGUCCCGUUUCUCCCGUGCUCCCUCCUCCUGGCCAGCUCCGGUCGACGUACACCCAGAGUAUAGUAGUAGAGGAUGAUGAACACCAACGCGAUGUCGCCAACAAGUACGACCGACGUCGACUUCUCCUUCGGCCCCAUGCAGUCCUACGUCGGCUUCGACGCCGGCGGCAUGGCCAUGCCAGGCGUCAUCGAGAGGCCACUGCUCCAGAACCACCACCACAACAACAACCACAACCUAGGAGUAUACGACAGCUUCGACUUCGCGGCGGCCGCGGGGUUACCGUUCCAAGAAUCUGGUCUCCUGCCGCCCACAAGCAGCAUGCCGCUGAUGGCGCCGCCGACGACAAGCAUGGCCGCCAUGGCAGCAAUGCCGCCGUCGCUGCUGCUGACGCUCCCGGGCGUGCCGACGGCGGCGGAUGUCGUCUACCCCUUCGGCGGCGGCGGCGCGGGAGGAGGGUUCCUGAAGCGGGAGGACGGCUGCGGCGGCGGGCCCCUCGUGGACGCUGGCGGCAGCGGCGGGAGGAUCGGCCUGAACCUCGGACGCCGCACCUACUUCUCCCCCGCGGACGUGCUCGCCGUCGACCGGCUGCUGACGCGGUCGCGGCUCGGCGGCGGCGUGGGCGUGGGCAUGGGCAUGGGACUCGGCAUGGGCGUGCUGGGGCUCGGGCUCGGCGCCGCCCACCACCACCACCAGCCGCCGAAGUGCCAGGCCGAGGGCUGCAAGGCCGACCUCUCCGCCGCCAAGCACUACCACCGCCGCCACAAGGUCUGCGAGUACCACGCCAAGGCCGGCUCCGUCGCCGCCGCCGGCAAGCAGCAGCGCUUCUGCCAGCAAUGCAGCAGGUUUCACGUGCUUGCUGAGUUUGACGAGGCCAAGAGGAGUUGCCGGAAGCGGCUCACCGAGCACAACCGCCGUCGCCGGAAGCCCAUCAGCGCACAGGGCAAAGACUCGUCUCCGCCACCACCACCACCAAAGAAAGCGGAUACUUGCAUAACAACUUCCUACAGUAAUGAUCUCAAGACAGGUGCGAGCAACACGGCAGCAGCCAAGUCGACGGCCAUCUCGCCGAACGGCAGCGGCGUCAGCUGCCUCGACGUCAUGGACAACGGCCAGACGAGCAGCGCGGCGGCGGCAGUGGUGGCGCCGACGGCCCUGUCUCUUGCCGCGACGCCGCCGCCGCUGCACGAGAAGGACGGCAGCCUGGACUCCAUGCUGCUGAUGCAGCGUCUCCAAGGCCGGCGGGACAACGACGACGAUGAAGAGCAUCGCCACUUCAUCACCUCGCUUGUGAUGCAGACCCAGCAGCAGCAGCAGCAGCACAGCGGCGGCGGCGCCGGCGCCGGCAACAUCUUGUCGUGCUCGUCGGUGUCAGAUCAGCAGCAGAACGGCGGCGGCUGCAACGGUUUCUUUGAGGUGGACUUCAUCUAGUGCGAUGCAUGCAUUCACGUAAAAGGAGAGGGGGGAAAGCCUAUAGCAUCGCUGCAUUAUUUCUGAGACGGAUGCAUGACGUGAGGAAAGCAACAAAGGGUAGGUUGGUUGCACUCUAGGGUGGCUAGUAGCCUUUUCUUUUUACUGUGUUUAGUACUUGAGCUAGCUAGCUAGUGUUGGACUUUUGUUACUAGAGGGGAAAUGCUGGUGUAGUAUGUGCAUUCCUUUUUUUUUGCUAUUGCUAAAAAUGUACAUUAUUACGUGUAUGUGUCUGAGUUUACUACUGAUGGUUAAUUAGUAUAGCUAGGGUGUAUGGUAUGGUGCAUGUAUCUGUGUUUCUUUGCUUUUUAGAUGUUGGAGGAAGCUUUAUUAAUUGAAAUAUAACUUGUACGUUACAUUA